AUGGCCGCCCCUCUCCGAACAUCACUGCGCAUAGCAGAAACCUCGAUAUGUCGACGAUGCGCUGGCCAACCAACCCGACGAGCCAUGUCAUCCAUCACACAACCACGCAAACCUGAUAUCCGCUCCCGAUCCUCCGGCAUCACAUCACCCCCGCGACACUUCUCCUCCACCCCCUCUCACCCCUACAAAUCAGUCGAAGAAGCGAAAUCGCGGUACAAAUCAGGGCCCUUCAGCUGGCAAGCCGGCAUCCUCUUCCUCUUCGCCGGUGUCGGCCUGACAGCCUACUUUCGCUACGAAAAGGCUCGGAUGGGCCGGGCCCGCAUCGCCGAGGCCAACAAAGGGAUUGGGAGACCGCUUGUGGGUGGUCCCUUCGUCCUCACGGAUCACGAUGGGAAGGAGUUUACGGAGAAGGAUUUGAAGGGGAAAUAUAGUCUGGUGUAUUUCGGCUUCACGCAUUGUCCGGAUAUUUGCCCCGAGGAGCUGGAUAAGAUGGCCGGGAUGAUCGACCUGGUCAAGGCGAAGCAUGGGAAUAGUUUGAAGCCGGUUUUCAUCUCGUGUGAUCCUGCGAGGGAUACGCCGGAGGUGAUACGGAGGUAUUUGGCCGAGUUCCACCCGGAUAUUUUGGGCAUGACGGGCACGUGGGAGCAGGUUAAGGAGGUUUGUAAGGCUUAUCGGGUGUAUUUCUCGACGCCGGCGGAUGUCAAGCCCGGGCAGGAUUACUUGGUGGAUCAUAGUAUUUACUUUUAUUUGAUGGAUCCGGAUGGGGAUUUCGUGGAGGCGAUUGGGCGGAAUUUCUCGGUUGAUGCGGCGGCCAAGGUCAUUAAUGAUCAUGUUGCUGAUUGGAAGGGGAAGAUUGAUAAGAGCUGA